AUGCCUUUGACUUUUGCCCCAUUUAUUGCUGGGUGGGGCAAACAUUCCCUGCCCGUUGCCAUACUAGGCCUCGUCGGCUAUGUAGCCCUAGUUCAAGUACUUCGAUACCGCCGCAUGGCAAAGAUCCAAGCCCCAUUCGCCAAUGGCACGAGACCACUAUCAAGCAUGACAGUCGAAGAAGCGCAUGCAAUCAUAGCACAGCUCCAAGAACUGGAGUUUCCACGCGCAUUUUGCAAGGCACGUCGGAUGGCUCUACUGAAGGCCGGCGGCAUCCCAACAAUGUCAAAGCUUUUCGCCGUAACAGGCCAGAACAACCGACGGAAUGCCGGGAAGCGCGCUGUCGACACGGAGAUCCUCCUACGCGAGGCGCAGUCCCAGCCUCGGGACUCGGAUCGGUAUGCAGCUGCCGUCGCGAGGAUGAACUAUCUCCACGAUCGCUACCGUCGGGCCAACAAGAUUACUGACCCGGAUCUGCUGCAUACGCUCGGCGACGGCCUCGCCGAGAUCUUGAACGUGGUGGAGAGGGAGGAGUGGCGACAGUUUACGGAUGUCGAGAAAUGUGCCCUGGGUAUCUUUCACAAGAAUCUAGGUGAGGAUAUGGGGAUCCCGUUUGAUGCGCUUCCAUCAUCGGCAGACGGAUGGAAAGAUGGCCUGCACUUUGCGGUUGAACUCGUUCAGUGGACGAUCCGGUACGAGCAAGAGGUGGCGAGGCCGACGGCGACGAAUGAUCAAUAUGUCCGUGUCUAUGUUGACUCGGCACUGCCUGGGUUCGUCCGGUCUUCUGUGCGGCAGAUGUUGGGUGGUGAUCUGGACGAUGUUAUGAGGACGAGCCUUUGUCUCGAACGUCCGAAUCUUCCCCUCUCAAUUCUCCUGUACCUUGUUCGCACCAUCCGAAAGCUCCUCCUCCGCUUCAUCGCCCUCCCACGCCCCACCUUGCUCGCCGUCAAACUCGUACACGGCUCCCCAAACCCAGCCUCCAAAUCAAAGCUGUACAAUUUCGACCGGAAGGGCCUGCAGCCGUGGUAUAUCCGACCUACAUUCUGGUCCAAAUGGGGCCCUGGAGCGCUAUUGAUUACCCUGUUCGGUGGCAGGGUUCCCGGUUCGCGCGGGGACCGAUACCAGCCCCAGGGAUACGACUUGAUGACGAUCGGGCCGGAGCCGCAGAAGGGUAAGGGAUUGGAUGAUAUGAGUCGUGAUAUUGAUCUCAUCAGGGCGAGGGGUGUAGCUACUUGUCCGUUCUCUCAGGCAAAGGCGGGACUCAAUUGAAGUUGGUGCUUCAGCAUGGAAGUGUAUAGAAUGGCCGAGCCUUGGUAUGAGAUGCUGGGGCUGUUUGCCGCUUGGAUUCGGAAUACUAUGGAGUGAAUGUUAGGGUUGGUGGUCUAUGGUCGAAGGGUGGUGGAAAUACAGGGUCUAAAAUAAGCUUCCACAUUCUCUCACACUUCACUUUGAUAGGGCCGAGAUUAGGUUUCUGAGACUUAUUUU